AUGGGGUCCGUCGAGGUCCAGGAUGGGCAUUUGGUCGACGGCCAUGCCUAUCAAUUGUUGACUGGAAGAGCUGAUGAAGAGGGCUUCAGGUCAUUUCAAAUCAUUGAUCUGACCGACGACCAAGAAGCCACAGUCACCACCUUGAGCGAUGAGAUUGUGCUGCUUUCGUGGUUCCUGACAUUAUUGCGGACAAGAGAUAACCCGAGUCUUUCCUUCGACUGGGUGCAUUAUAUUCCCCGCAAUGGUUACAUACAGGACCAAGGGGCUGAGUGCUUCAGAUUGGGAGAUCUUGUGACCAAUAUGAAUGCUACGGUUGGAACAAUCAAGAGAAAGAUUUCAUCACUUCUUCAAGCCUGUGGAAACACAGCACAAACGAUCAAGUCUGCCGAUUCGUCUCUGAUACUGAGCACUAGCUCCAGGGGAUCAGACUAUGUUGAUGAAUUUUUUGCUAAUGAUGUCCAAAAAGGUACUUGCCUAAAUGUCCGUCCGCUGUACCACAGCGAGGGCAUGUUACAAUACACAAUCGCGCGUCACAUCGAGACAUUCGUUGACACCGUCAGGCUUUGCGUCGCAAAUCCUGACACCACCCUUGAAGAAUGUAUGCACCCAACAGAGAGCGAUAUCGACCAAAUCUGGAAAUUCAAUCAUGCUGCACCCGCAAGUUACGAGGCCUGUAUGCAGGACAUUAUUUCUCAGCAGUGCGACAAGACCCCAGACAGUGUAGCAAUCUCUUCAUGGGAUGGCGAGUUGACCUACGCACAAGUCGAUGGAUAUUCGACACUUCUUGCGUAUAAACUCAGGAAUACAGGGGUUCAAUUGUCGGAUUUUAUUCCUCUGUGUUUCGAAAAAUCCUGUUGGACAAUUGUUGGCGUUCUUGCAGUCAUGAAGGUUGGAGCGACAUUUGUUUUGCUGGAUCCAAGCCUUCCUCUUGCCCGGCUCCAAAAUAUGGUUGAGCAAGUUGGGGCCACAACUAUUGUGCAUUCAAAGAUGCAGCGCGAUCUAGCGGUAUCGAUAUUGCCGCGUGGACGCGCCAUGGUCGUUGAAGCCGAAGGCUUCACGCAAUUGAACCCUGGAUCACGUCAAGAGCUACCCAUCGUACCACCAUCAACGAUCAUGUACAUCAUUUUCACAUCCGGAUCUACUGGAAAUCCCAAGGGGGUCAUGAUAAAUCACCGAACUUACACUAGCAGUGCUAUUCCUCGAGCCGAAGCAGUUGGCUACAAGGAGAAUUCGAGGGUUCUUGAUUUCGCUUCAUACGCUUUCGAUGUCAGCAUUGACAGUAUGCUCCUCACUCUAUCGCGUGGCGGUUGCCUUUGUAUACCGUCCGAUGAGGAUCGGAUGAAUGACAUAAACGGAGUGAUACGGAAGAUGAAGGUCAAUUACGCAGGCAUUACUCCCUCAGUUGCGCGUAUACUAGACCCGGACGUCAUCACAUCCCUCGAAGGUCUCGGCUUGGGCGGUGAAGCGGCAACAGCGAGAGACAUCACACGAUGGGGCCGAGAUACCAGGAUUAUCAUUGGCUAUGGCCCGUGUGAAUGUACGAUUGGCUGCACAAUAAACAGCAGUGCGGCAACUGGACGAGAUUAUGUUUCGAUAGGUCACGGAAAUGGUGCUAACAUCUGGAUUGUGGACCCUAAUGACCACAACAAGCUGAUGCCCAUAGGCGCGGUGGGUGAGCUUGUCGUGGAUGGUCCAAUCGUUGGCCAAGGCUACCUAAAUGAUCCUGAGAAAACUGCACUUGUAUUCAUUGAUGAUCCGCCAUGGCUCAUAUCAGGUCAUCAGCAAUACGAGGGCCGUAAAGGCAGGCUCUACAAAACAGGAGAUCUUGGAAGGUAUGACCCGGAUGGGUCGGCAGGGAUCGUAUUCGUCGGAAGAAAGGACACCCAAGUCAAGUUACGCGGUCAGCGUGUCGAACUUGGUGAAGUCGAAUAUCAAAUCAAGGGCAGUCUUCCCCAAGAGGCAGACGUUAUCGCCGAGGUCACAAGUCCGCAGGGAUUUGCAGGUCAGCCGACGCUGCUGGCAUUCAUCGCAUCAAGGUCCAAAGACAGAGUGGUAGGAGCGCCUCUAAAGACAGUUACGCCCGAAGAAGCGAUCAGCACAUCACUAUUAGGCAUUGACGCAAAAUUAGCCCAGGUCCUGCCCAGAUAUAUGAUACCUAACGCUUUCAUACAUGUCAACUUCAUUCCUGUGCUGAUAUCCGGAAAGACUGACCGCAAAAAACUUCGGGAAUUUGGCGCCACUAUCAACAUUCGUCAGGGUGAUGAGACUACAGCAGUUACUUCUCGCCCUCUCCCACGCCUCAAUGAUGCUGAGCAAACUCUUGCAGAGGCAUGGAGUCAUAUUCUAAAUAUAGACGUUGAGGUAAUUCGGGUUGAUGAUAAUUUCUUCAUCCUUGGAGGGGAUUCCGUUGUCGCAAUGCGACUCGUUGCAUUUUGUGCAACCUUAUCCUUCUCUCUAACGGUCGCGGAUGUUUUCCUCCAUCCUACGCUUUCGGAGAUGGCAAGCGUUGUUCGCAUGUCCUCAAAAGUGACCCAGCAUGAGGUUCCACCAUUUUCGCUAUUAUCAUCUCCUGUCGACCAGGCUUGUGCUGAAGCAUCACAAAUAUGUGAAGUGGAAAUAUCUUCCAUCGAAGACAUUUACCCAAGUACCCCAACACAAGAGUCACUUUUUACAUUCUCCAUCAAAUCAACAGAAGCUUAUGUUGCCCAACGGGUUGCCCGAAUUCCAGACCACAUCAGUACCUCUGCCUGGAGAGAAGCCUGGGAGUCUGUAGUUGCUGCAACCCCAAUGCUGCGGAGUCGCCUAGUCCAACUUCGCGAACCCGGAUUGUUCCAGGUGGUUGUUCGCGAGCCCAUUACGUGGAGAAGUACAACCGAUUUAAAGCAAUAUCUAUCUGAUGACCAUGGAAAAAGGAUGGAGCUUGGCCAAAACCUCGCUCGGUACGCUAUUAUCGAGGGAUCAACAAAAGGGGAACGAUAUAUGGUCUGGACUGUGCACCAUGUCCUCUACGACGGCUGGUCGGAAUCCUUGACUCUGAACUUUAUUCGUGAUAUCCUGGAAGGGCGUAGUCCACAGCCUCAGGCACACAUGAAGGAAUUUGUUAGUCAUGUGCGUGAUAUGGACGAAUCUCUGACUCAGGACUUCUGGCGACGCGAACUUGAUGGCGCGAUUGGUGGCCAAUUUCCAGAGCUGCCCUUCAGAGACUAUCUAUCCAAUCCAGACUCCAUGUUGGAAAUGUCAUUCAAUCUCAACACAGCGGAAAACAAAGCAUCCCCUUUCACUAUGGCAACUUUAAUUCGUGGCGCUUGGGUACUCGUUGCUUCACAGUAUAUGAAUAAUGAUGAUGUUGUCUUUGGCGAGACUCUAACUGGGCGCGACAUUCCGCUUCCAGGUGUCGAAAGCAUUCAAGGGCCGCUAAUAGCAACUAUUCCCAUCCGGACUCGAAUUGAUCGGACCAGCACAGUUGAUUCCUUCCUACAAAAUAUACAGCAGUCCAUGAUGACUCGCGUUCAAUAUCAACAUUUCGGUAUGCAAAAUAUAAGGAAGGUUAGCUCGGACGCCCUGUAUGCCUGCGAGGCCCACACUGGUCUGGUCAUUCAACCCGAGCUGGAAUACGCGGCUAGCGAACUUGGUUUUGACGAAGGUGACCCUGUCCGCGAAGCCCUUCAUUUCAACCCAUAUCCACUCAUGCUCGCUAUUGGAACUGGAAACAAAAGAAUCAGAGUCGCCGCAAGCUUUGAUAGUAGCCUUAUCGACGACACACAAAUGACCCGGAUCUUGGACCAAUUCCGCGAAACAUAUAUUCAACUAAGUGGAGAUGUAUCAAAGGAGAUCAGUGUAAUUUCCUGUCUUUCAGCGGCAGAGUUGGAUCGAAUAUGGUCCAGAAAUCAAACUCCUCCAUUGGCUCUAGACCAACAAUUGAAGCGUCUUAGGUCCUCUACAGAUACUAAAGAAGGAAGUGAAUAUCCUCCUGCAGUGGUGUCUUGGGUCUGCAAUCCACGGAAUGUGAAUCAGCUUACACCUAUCGGUGGGAUCGGUGAAUUGUGGCUCGAAGGCGCCUAUCUUCCAGGAGCAUAUACAGAGUCUCCACGUUGGCUUGUUGACGGCAGCAAUGCCUACAGCGGCCGGGAGGGUAGGUUGCACCCAACCGGCGACAUAGUAAAAGUUACGCACAGUGGAAACAUGAUCUUUAUUGGCCGGAAAGGAGAUCUGACCCCUGAUCAAGGGCACGCGAUUGAUCUCACAAAAUUACAGGUUUAUAUCACCAAGUAUCUUCCCGCACCAAUUCGCACUGCUAUAUCAUUCGUGCUACUAUCUGCGAAUGGUGUCAAGACGACGGCACAGCGGAAGCUGAUCAUCAUGAUUGAGCAUCAGUCCCAUGAGAACGCCAUCGGGAUAAUUUCUACGGACUUAAAGAUCAAUCUUCAUGUUGAAUCACAAGAUAUAGAAAGUCCUGAGGUCUUAGUCCAGUGUGCUAUGGACCCCAGUCUUGUAUCAGCACUCAAAGAGCUCGACAAAUCUCUUCGAAACGAACUUCCUCCAUCAAUGGUGCCUUACACGUACAUUCCAGUCGAGAGUCUUCCCCACAGGGAAGACAUGUCGGAAACUAUCAUACUGGAAUUGAGUGCUUCAAGCGUUGCUUGCCAAGCGCUUGCUGAGAUUCAGGACAAUUUGCAGCAAGCCUGGAAAAAGGAAUCAGCAUCAGCGCCUCUAACCAAACCACAAAAAACCAUUAGGGACUCAUGGGCAAGAGUUUUGGACAUGACGCCGGAUGAAAUCGAUCUCGAUGAUAAUUUCUUUCGCCUUGGUGGUGACUCUGUGCUGGCGAUGCGACUGGUGUCAAAUCUCCGCGCUCAGGGUUAUAUCCUGUCGGUAGCAGACAUCUUCCAAAACAUGCGUCUUCGCGACGUCGCUACAGUAAUAAGGCAAGAGACGUCGAGCAAGUCCGCUCAGCCCUAUACACCAUUCUCCACCAUCCCUGAGGAAGACUUAGACGCACUCAUCGAGGACAUCCGACCUCAGUUAUCCGAUGUCGGUGGGAACAUUCAAGAUAUCCUUCCCGCCACUAGCUCUCAAUCUGUGGAUAUUAGAGCCACUGUACACGCCCCACGAACUUCGAUUCAAUACACUACACUAUUCUUUGAUUGCGAGAUUGACCAAAAUCGUUUGAUUUCAGCUUGUCAGAACCUGGUCAGAAGGCAUGAAAUAUUGCGUACGGUUUUCGUGGAGCACCAAUCAAGAUUCUACCAAGUUAUUCUCAGAGAUUUGGAAAUCGCCGUCCCAAUCCUCCAAAGCCAGAGCGACGUGGUCAUUGAGGAACAAGUGAAAGCUCUCUGUACAUCAGACAUCGAAUCACAAUAUCUGCUUGGCUCUCCUUUUUGCAAGCUCUGGUAUGUGGAAGGAAAGGAGGGAGAAAAAUGCCUCAUCCUAGGACUAUCUCAUGCCCAGUACGACGGCACCUCCCUCCCCAGACUGCUACAAGACUUGGAGGCUCUUUACGAAGGAAAAAAAGUAGUUGACGUGUUCCCGUUCAAACAAUACGUUGUGAGCACUGGCGAAAAUUUUUUGCAGUCAGAGGGGCUGAAAUACUGGCAAGGACUAUUAAAAAGAUCACAGUUAUCGGUUCUUGACAGCAGCAAAGAAAGAGGUUCUGGAGGUUCCGAUAAGUCUAUCUUCCUCGAAACGCCAGUGGAUGUCUCUCAGCGACCAAAGAGUAUCACCACAGCAAGCAUCCUGACCGCAGCAUGGGCACUGACUCUUGCUCGUCGUCUCCAGACCCGAGAUGUGACAUUCGGUACUAUUACCACGGGACGCAAUCUCACCCUUGCCAAUAUGGAGAACAUCAUGGGUCCAUGUUACCAAUUUACUCCUGUGAGGGUGGCUUUUGACCUCGAAUGGACAGCAUUGGAUCUCCUGCAAUACGUCCAGAGCCAAGUAGCUGGAUCUACGGCUUAUGAUUACAUAGGGUUCGAAAAAAUAUUCAAGGAAUGUACAGAGUGGUCAUCAAAGCACGAUUUCUACGACUCGCUCGUACAUUACCAAGAUUUUGAGGAUUUUGAUACCAUGCCUUUUGCUGGGGCAACGUGCAAGGUUGAUAUACUGAAUCCCCACGGAGAUGCCAGUCAUCCUCUGAAAAUUGCCUCCUUUGUCCGAGACGGCGAGACGCAUGUUGGGAUUGUCGGUAGUGACAAGCAGCGAGAUUUUAUUCAGGCGGCUCUAGAUCAGUUGGUUGCAAUCGUCCAGGAGCUGGCUACCGGGCAUGGGGAGCAACGACUGUUCAGCGAUCGAUCAUUCAAUUGA